GUUACGUGAAUUUUCAGCGCUGCAGCAGCACAGGCAGCAGCGACCAUCGACAUCGGGUAAACGCUCAUAAAAUCGGGUAACAAAUUACAACAAAAAUUUAAUAAUUUUUUUCGACAUUGCAAGAGUCGGACCGAAAUGUGAUUAACCGAAAAAUUGUGAUUUUCGCCGUGUCAUCGAGCCGAAAUUGUUGCCUACUUUCGUGCGCUGCGUGUGUGUGACAUAAUUUGCUGUUCGCCGAGAGUUUUAACUUAAGGAUUCCCCCACAGGAGAGCCUCGCUAUCGUGACCUCAGAGUGCAUAACACACCACUCGCCCGAGUCUCCCCCUUUUUGGGGGCCUUCUUUUUGCUGCAAAUCGAUUUCUGUUUCCGGCAUUUUUCACGUGGCUGCUGCUGUCCCCCUUCACUGAGAGAAAAAAAUCCCUAAAAAAGUUUCAUAAAUUACGAAUUUGGCAUUUUGCAGCUUGUGUUCCUUUAAAUAUGUGUGUAGAGCUUUGAGAUAAUUGUUAAAUUAGUUUACUAAUUGUUAAAUUCGUUUACUAAUUAUUUUCUGCCUUUCAAUGGAAACUAUAAAGUGGUUAGCUUUAAAUUCUUCUAAUUUGAAUUACUUUUUGGCUUUAAAGGAACAUUUCAGCAACAAAAAUCACCAAAAACUGUUGAAGUUGAAUUGUAGUUACAACUAUCAAUUAGUGAGUCCCACUUUUAUCACAAAACGGGUUUCAUUGGGUUCAUUUUUUGGACAGUGCAUUGAGUACAGCAUUGGAUUAUUCAAUAUUCAUCCUUGUAGUAAGUUCAGUCAAUUUAUUGGGCCUGGUUUAAAUCGAGUUUUUUCUUAGUGCUCCCAUCGUCUGUUUCGUGCAGUUUUGGCAUUUUGCUGCCGUUCUGGCUUUCCCGCUGUUGUUGUUGCCGCCUAACGAUUUUUCCCGCAAACAACACGGCAAAGUGAAACGUGCCAGGCCAGAGGAAAAGCCAAAAUGAAAAGCCCCAAAAGGCGGCGAGAGAAACGAGAGAACAUUAACAGCAAGGUGGCCGUAAUCGUAAAUCGCGAAUCGUAAACAGUUUUCUGGGCGCUGCGGGGAACCAGCUGAAAGUAACAGUCAGCCUGGUUUAUCGGAAUCGUUUUUGAUUUCCUGCCUUUGGCCUGUUUUCCGUAUUUCGUAUUCCGUAUUUCGUAUUCGGUGGUCCGUACGUAGUCCAUUUCCCGUGCUCUGCUUCUUGCCACUUCACCACCAUUCGCUUUUGGGGGUUUUCCUGCUCGUUUAGUUUCGGUUUCGGUUUCAAUUUCAGCCAGUCAGUCAGUCAGCUGCUGCUUUUCACGUGGCACGUGUCGUAUGAGUAAUAUUUUUUGGGUGCCCUUUCUCGCUUGCAGUCGCCUUUCGCUCAGAUAGCCACAAUGAUCAAAGACUGUUUAAUUGAUAUAUCAACUGACACAAAUAGAUGAAGUAAAGUGCUUAAAUCAAUCGCAAUUGCAAAGUGUUCAAAAUUCUUAAGCCUAACACCAAAAUUGCCAAUUUAACCGCAUAAGACAUUGAAUAAUUGGCUUUAAAAUCGAUUCUACGAUAUCGCAUUUUAAAUGUUCGACUGGAUUAAAUUUAACAAAGAAGCGUAGACGAAAUACGAAUGCAAAUUAGAUGCAAAAUAAAUGGGUAAAAUGAGGUCAAGUAAAUACGAUGUUACCACAGCUUACGGUCUAUGCCAAGAUUAUUUACCUCCUGAUGGUGGUGAUUUCAGGUGCAUUAUGUACAGUAGAAGAUUACGUAAUAAUGUCACAGUGUGCACACAACAAAGCCAUACACCUAGCUGCGGAAGGAACAGUCUCAGUGACAGACACUUCACAGAUACAAAAUAUAACGAUAGUCGGCUUCCCGGAUUAUCUGAACAACGAAUUCAAAAUAGCACUGUACGCAAAAGAAACUCAAAGAUAUUUGUGUUUCAACGACAAUUGGAGAUUAGUUGGCAUGAGGGAGCUGCGAGAUACCUGCUAUUUCAACGAGACCAUCGUGCACGGUUAUUUCGUGUUCCGUUCCGUUGUCGAUCUGCAGCGACGUGUCGGGUUCACGCACCGAGGUAAGCCUGUGGGGCCCAAGAAGAGCGUCAACGAUGCCUGCUACAUGUUCAACAAGAUCGAGGCCGAGCAGUUUUUCCGCCAUCACCAUAACAAUGGCAACAGUGGCAACAACAAUGGCAAUGGCAGUGGCAGUGGCAAUGACAACGGCAAUGGCAAUGGCAGCAACAACAGUCGCAAGCCCCCGCGCAACAACAAAAACAAUCGCCACAAAUCGAAUAACCAAAAUCAAAAGUUGCAACAGCAACAGGAGCAUCAUGGCCAUAAUAAUAAUAAUAAUAACGUUAUUCUUAAUAGUAAUACUAGUUUAAGUAGCACUAACAAAAAGCAACUAGCAAUAAACAGGCAGAGGCAGCAACAGCAGCAGCAACAUCAGGUGCGACAUCAUCACAAUGAUCCAUCGCUGCUGCUGCGACGACAGCAACACGAGAAGAAGCAGAAGCGGCGCAAGCAACAGAAGCAGCAGCAGCAACACCAACAACGAGUAUCAGCUAGUCCAACGAAUCCGAUGCCUGCAACACCCACAGCAGCACCAGCAGCAACAGCAACCUUUGCAGCCAACUCCCCGGCAACAGCAACACCAUCGACAACGGCAGCAUUGAGCAGCAAGCGCAAGGGCCGGCGAAGAAAGCCCAAGGUCAGGCCAAAGUCGCAGCAGCAACAGCAGCAACAGCAGCAGUUGCAGCUACUUGCCACGGCAGCAACAACGCCCUACACCGACGACACCCUGUACGGCAGCAGCAGUAGCAGCAGCAGCACGGUUUUCGAAGACUUGGACAUCUACAAUAGCAGCAGCAGCAGCAGCAGCGGCAGCGGAAGCAGCUCCAGCUUGGAGCCCUGGUCCACUUGGUCCACGAUCGAUAGCUUUAGCGGCAGCAGCACAACAGCAACAUCUGAAGACAGUAUUAGCAGCAGCAGCAACUACGACGCCUGGGCCACCUACAUCACCGAAAUGGAGGCAGAGGCAUCCGCCAUGACGCCCGAGAUGGGCGGCAACGACACCGAGUUGCUGCAGUACGAGGCCGAGUUGGUGGACGAUCCGGAGGCGGAGUCCACGGCGACAAUUGAAACCAAAGCAACAUCAGUAACAUCAGCUACAUCAGCUACAUCAGCAAUAGCGGCAACGGCGGCCACAUCUACCUCGACAGCGAGCUCCCAGCUGGUGAUAGAGCAGACGCCGCUGGCCAGGAGCAACAUCAGCAACAAUAGCAGCAGCAGCAGCAGCACGAAAGCAACACCAACGGCAACCAGUCAGACUGAAACAGCACAUAGCACGCAACAGCCAAGCAGGCAUCGCAGCCACAGCAGGGAGGAUCGCCCGGAUAAUUCCGACAUGUUGCUGGCGGGCGAGAACGAAGUGAAGCCACAACUGCCACGCAAGUUGCUGUGGACAGUGCAACCACCGCUCGCAACACGUGGCAGCACGCCUGCAACAUUGGUGGCAACACCAGCGCAGCAACUCACCAGCACGACAGCAACGGCGACCACGACACCGGAGCAACAUGUUGCACCUUCACUCUUCAGCGUGGACAAGAACAUCAACAGCAACCUGAAUAACACACUUACGGAGGCCUCGCCCACGGCAGCAUCAACAUCCAGCAUUACGGCGGCAACCACCAUGAAGAGACCCAUCCGGAAGUUCACCAAGAAGCUGAUGGCCACGCCCUACCACCAGCUGACCUAUGUGCGCAAUGCGGGCGGUGACAUCGACAUCGAUAACCUGGACAACAUCAGCGUCUAUCCCGUUCUCUACGAUGGCGACCUGGAGGGGAAUGGCGGCGGCAACAGCUCCGAUGGAGGCUUUAGCGGGUUCCUGCCCACCUCGACCACCUCACAUCUGACGGAACCGAUUCGCAUCGGCAUGAACAGGAUCAGGCCGAAUAAGACACUGCAUUGGUUCACUCACCAGAGAUUUGCGUAGUUGUCAGGGAUUGGCGCUCUUUGACUAUUAGAUCUUUAAAAGGACUGCUCGAAUUUGUACUUUCACAGAUAAUGCAUAGCCACUACUUUCUGAAGUGCAAAAUUUGGAUAAUUUAAUCGGCACAUAAUAAUCUCAAGUCAAAAUCAAUGCAUACAAUCAGUUUGACCAUCAGCUCUGUGAAAUAAAAUAUUCAUUUCCAAAUUGAAGUCUUUUAGAUGCAUUUUAAAAAACACGUAAUCUUGUGAAGGUGAAAACCAGAACAAAUCCUUCAGAGAGAGACAUACCUAUACUCAGCACUCAGUUUUCAAAAGAAUUUAGGCAAAACCAAGAGAAAAACAAGCAAAGUAUGGAUAAAUAUUUCAAAUUACUAAUGAACUGAUACAUAUAUAUAAACAUAUAUAGAACUCGAUAUACAAAGGAGUUGCUUACUGUUCAGUACCUCGACUCAGACAGGACUUUGCACUUGCACCACGCCUAAAAGCACACUACAUAAGCGAAACCGGAAGCGGAAGCAGGCGUGGAGCCGAUAACGAUAACGAUAACUCAGGCCGCACUUCAUCCAGUAGCGAGUACAGUGAAGACUCCACCAACUGCACUCGGGAGGCCGCAGGCAACGAACUCGCAGAACUGCUACAUAGUUAUAAAUGAAAAGACAAUAAGAUUUUUAUUUACGAGUAUGUGCUAUAUAAACUAUCAAAUCGAUGAACCGAAGCGAUAGCGAUAAUCGAAAAACCAAAUGCUAAAAUUGUUGAAAUGGAAAUUAUGAAAGCGCGACAUUCAAGUGCAAGCAAAUAAACGUUUCGAAUGCACUGAAAAAGCGUAGCGAACUUUUGAUUUACUAAAUCAAUUAAAUAUAUUAGCAAUGAGAAUUAAUAAAAAUACAAAUGCAAACAAAAAUCGAUAUAUAUUAUAUACAUAUAUGCAUAUAUUUUCAAAAUUUUAUAACGAACCAAAAACCAAUUAGCAAACAAAUUUAACACGGUGAACGGAACACGAAUGAAGAAGUUUUUUAAAUUCAUACGCAAGCAGAACUAAGAGUCGGUAACGAUAACGAUAACGAUAACAAAUUCGCACAGCAAAACACUUCCAAAAAUGAAAGGUUAAAACUAAAUAUUAAACAAUUUUACUAGGCACAAGCGAACGAAAUUGGGUUAGAUGAACAAAAAGGAAAACUCCAUUCAAAAUAAACCGAAUUUUUUAAGCAAAUACAAAAAAUUGUUGAAAUUGAAAUGUCAGCAUGGAAAUUGAUUUUAGGACACAGUUUGUGGCCGAUAUCCAAAUAGAAGGAGGAUGGAAACAAAUUUUGAAUAAUGGAAAAUUUUAAAGAACUACUAACGUAUGUAUCCAGAUAUGUACUGCAAUCAAACACCAAAAUUCACACUGAAUAAGCAACGUUAUAUUUAUUAAUUGAACAAAACUAAAAACUAAAACUACGAAUUGAAUCAAAAUACAGCAAAAAGAAACCAACUGCUGCUUUUCUACAUACGAAUAUAUAUAUAUAUAUAUAGACACAUAUAGGCAUAUGUGGACGAACAUGGAAAAAGAUAAUGCAAAAAUUGUUUCUCAUAUAUUUAUAUUAAUAUUUAAAAUAAAUAGUUCAAACAUAUUAGCAAACCAAAUACGCGAAAUUAAAACAAUUUGAGGGAAAAUGCGCAAGCACAGAAACAGAAAACUGAAGCGUCAAGUUUAUAUGUAGAGAUAUGUAUGAAUGUAAAUUUAAAGUGAACAAAGAAAACCCAAACAAAAUGAAGUUAAAGCAAGAUGCUUAGGUGAAAAUUUAAUUAGUGUGUACUUAAGACAAGAAACCAUUUAACAAUUGAACGAUUAAUUAUUAACUUAACUAGGCAUUGAAGCAGCACUCAACUAAAUAAAACCGAUACGAAACCGAAACCGAAACGAAACGAAGCCGAAAACACACACAACUCGAAUUGAACUACUGUACUUAUUCGUAUGCGCGUUGCUGUAAUAUAAACAAAAUUCUUAUGUUGAAUCGACGUCGAUUGGGAGAACUCGAUCGAUCGAUGACUAUAUCUACCACAGCAGAAAUUAUUUAUUUAACAGUUUAUCGGAAUAAUCGAAUCGAGUCUAUGGGACUGGAGCGGGGACCGAUUGUCAUUUGUCAUUUGUAAAUUCAUUUGCACUUUUCUUUCUACUAAUUACGUUUAAUUAAUGGAUUAAUCAUACGCCUAAGUUAACACUAAGUUAACACUCAUCAUUGUACAUUGUAAUAUGUUUUAUUCCUAAGCCGAGCAUUAAAUGUAAUUAUUUAUGUAUAAAAGCAAAAUGAUUCUUUCGCCCAUGUAUAACACUUGCGCCCACUUCUCUAUCUCCAAGUCUGUCCCCCCCAUCCUUCCUAUCUCUUUUAAUAUCUAUCUUAUAUAUACGAAUAUAUAAACGACUAUUUAAUUGCAUUUCUUUGUAUUAAAACGAGUAACAACACACUAGAAAUUGAAUAAAAAGCCUAAACAAAA